AUGAGUUCCCACUUAGAGUUUGAAAAGGUUUUAAGCACUUUUCAGUUGACGAUCUCAUUCCUUCAGUUCUUCUGGACUCGGGGAGCGGAGCUUGACGUGGUGGCUACUUCAUCUCACACACUGGAGAGAUUUUCUCUCCUUCUCUCUUUGAUUUUCCCCAUUACCAACUUUGCAUCCACUCUCUCGCUUAGCUUUUCCCUUUCUUUUUUUAAACAUCUUCUUCUCUCCUCCUCUCUCAUUUUUUUCGUAUAUACAAUCAACUGCCCCCGAUGUCUCGUCUUUAUAAUUCUCUCUUUUGCCCCCCCUCUCUUUUUAUUUAUUCGCUUUAAUAUAUUUCUAUCUCUACUUCUCUCAGUUCCACGGUCACACACUGGACCGCUUUCUAUCACACGCCUUUCUUUUUCGUUUUCUUUAGUUUUCUUCUCUUUCCAUAAUUCGGUGUUUUUUUUUCUAUCUUUCUUCCUUUCUUUCUUUCCUUCUUUCUUUCUUUCCUUCUUUCUUUCUUUCUCUCUAUCACUCUGUUCAUAUUUAUUUAUGCAUCUACCUGUGUACAUAUGUAUCAGAGUCUGUCCAAAUCUAUCUAUCUAUCUAUCUAUCUAUCUAUCUAUCUGUCUGUCUAUUCUUUCUUUUAAUAAUACUAACAAGGAUUUUUUUUUAAAUUUCCAAUUAAAUUUUGUUAUAUGCUUGAAAAUCUCUCUCUCUCUCUCUCUCUCUCUCCCCUCUAAUAUCUAUCUAUCUAUCUAUCUAUCUAUCUAUCUAUCUAUCUAUCUAUCUAUCUCAAGCUAUCUCUCUUCACUUCGUAAGCACUUCUGUCAAUAUUUCUGA